GGCGAUCGAUUUGUUCUUCAUUGCCAUAAGCUGUUGAUUCUUGUGGUCAAAAUAAAUGUUCUUUGGCCUUCCAUUUUCUUAAUUUUUCUCUGUAGAUGGAUUAGGAUCGGUUUAUAUGGAAAUUCUGAGAGUGGCCGUCGUCCGCCACUUGUCGGAACCCUAACUGCCAUCGGACCAUUGCAGUUUUUGCAUCACACGAUCAUCAUCUAACGAACGAAGAGGCCAUCGAGAGAGUACUCACCUUAGUCAAGAGCUUCCCCAUAGUUGAUCAGCCUUUUAAUCUCACUUCUUUGAAUUUCAGAUCAACAACAAUACUCUCACCAAUAAUUCAUAAUUAUUCCUUGGAUUCUCCUGAUCUUCAUCAAUUUCAAGCUUGCCGGUUUCAACCUCUUCACUUCGAUUCCUAAGUUUAGCCCGCCGAUCAAUUUGUUCUUCGUUACGGAGAUGAUAUUGUGCCGCUUAUAUCUUCAAGAUCUGUUGAAGGUCCUUCCUGCUCUUCGAAUAAAGCAAACCUCGAAUCUGUCUGGUUCGAGAUGGUUGAAGGACUUGGCAUGCAGUUGGUGCUCGGUGAAGCUUCAGUGGCACCUACCAAAUGAAUGCUGUCAAUCCCAUUUCUCUCUGUCAGUUCACUCUUCCUAAAGGGAUGUGAACUCAUGACUAUCUUGUUGAAGUUUCUUGACAUUUCACAAUUCUAUCCCACACUGGAGUUUUAGAAUCAAGGAACACAUCCCUUUGGUUAUAUAGAAACUUAGCUGCAAAGAUGAUAAGUGCUAGCAGUGCAGCCAAUCCAGCAAUGUGGAAGAGGCCCCAGAAGCUCCCAACACUCAGACUGUUAGAAGAAACUGUGGUGCCUGAAUCAGGACGACUUGUUUGCUUUUGAAACCAUGCAUUCUCAAUUUCAGUUAUUUUAUCACCUUCCAUAAUAUUUAAGAUUGCUCUGUUGAGAUCUGCCACAAGAGGAGAACCUCUUGGAAACACCUAUAGAUUCACCAAUUAAUCAGAACCAUGCAGAUGCUGUGAGAGUGAAAAAGAAAUGUAGAGAUGGUACUUACAAAUCCCAAGCCAUCAGUUUUAAAAGUUGGUCCUGCAGUGGUGUAUUUGUUGCAAUAUUGUGUAAGAAACAGCUUCAUGUAGGGAAUUUCAUCAAAAGCAGCCACGAUGCUUCCCUUGGCAAAAAUUUCAUAGAGAUCAUCUAGGGUCUUAUGUUUCUUCCUCUUAUAUGGAUUGAACCUCAACUGUCUCACAAGUCCCUCAACAAAGGAGCCAGAAGGAU